AUGGCGUCCAGUGCGCCACCAACUCUCUGCGGAUUAGGCAAGAUUCCACAAGAGCUUUGUAUUGUUGCGCUAUCUCUCCUUGUCGCUACAUGGUCUGCGGCGUUCUCGAGAGCCUACGUUCGUGGCUACAUGCUGCGGUCUUUCGGUUGGGAUGAUUGGACUCUGAUACCUGCUCAGCUCUGUUAUACCGUACAAUGCGCCUAUCUCAUCUCAAUGGCCAGCGUGGAGAUGAAUCCCGAGGAUAACAGUAGCAUACAGAGUAUUGCACAACUUGUCACUAUAUCUCUAGGCCUCUUCUUCCUUCGCAUCAUCACGCAGAAAUGGCAGCGGAACGUCAUCUACGCCGGCAUCACCAUCAAUACCACCUUCGGCCUCGCAUACUUCGGCCUGUGCACCUUUGGAUGUGGUGACCCCUCGGAGUAUCUCCUCCGCACUACCUUGGGACAAUGUAUCUCCGUCAAGAACGUUGUCAUUCCUGCUUCAUAUAUCUUUACUGCCCUCAACGCUGUCAUGGAUUUUACAAUGGCCCUUCUUCCAAUCAGCACCAUCUGGCACCUAAAGAUGCCUAGGAUAACAAAAUUCUGGGCUUAUCUGCUGAUGUUACUGGGUGCAUCUGGCAGCGUCGUCUCUCUCAUUCGAUUUGCCUUUGUCGAAAGUCUGGAACCUGGUCCCGAGUUCUUCAAGGAUACUGGCAAGCUUGCUUUCUACUCUCAUAUCGAGCCUGGAGUUGGGAUUGUAGCUGUAUGCGUCGCGACUCUCAGACCGCUGUUCAGACAAUGUCUCGAGGGUGCCAAGUCCGUGAGCAGCACACAGAAGAGUCGUGGUCCAAGCGGCAAGAGGACCAGCAUCACAGGAACUUCCGGUGUGCAGUUGACCAGCAUGAAGACGAAUCGUCGGCCGAGGGACGGUUUCAACACCUUCGAGGAUGAUAGUGACGAGAUGGAGACGCACUGGUCGAACGAGCAUGGUAUUGGCGUCAAGACCGACUUCAGAAUCGAAUCUCAUGCGACAAAAGUCGGCAGUCACGAUGUGGAGCAGGGAAGGGGGCCAUCAUUUCCUCAACCGCCCUCUCUGCCGCCUUCUCAGCCACUCUCUCGACCACAUUCCUCUGUUCGCAUGCCCAAGAAGAUUGUCCCGGGUGGAUACUUCUAA